UUUCAACACUACUAUAUAACAAAUAAUUUGAGUUACUCGUGGUGACGCGGUCAAACUCUGGCCAUUCGAAGAAAAAAUGGGCAGAAAAUUUCUUCUUCUGGCUGCUGCACUGAUUUUAAGAUUGGAAACAGUGGAUUGUGCAGCAAGGGGGGAAAUAAAGUUCUACAAGUAUUACGACUCAUAUGAUGAUUGUGACUAUUCAUGGUUGGGCGGGUGGUCUGAUUGUGAUUUCUUUUUUAGAAAUGUUAAAAUAAGUUCCAAUGGUAAUGUGCUGUUCCACAGAGGUUCAACCAGUUUUACACAAGAUAGCCAAACAUACUACCCAUCUGUCACAGCAACAGUGGACCUUCCAUCCAACUUGAAUGUGUAUCUCUCCAUGGAGGUAUGGGACAAGGAUGUCAAAUAUGACGACCAUAUUAGAACCAUGAGCAAUAUGGCUCUCACAUUUGAAAACACCAUCAUUGGUCAUAGUUAUUCAACAACUUAUCGUAGUGGUGGUGGACGGUUAACAGUGUACUACAGACUGUUAAGUUGCAACCCUGGAUUCACUGGCACAGGCUGUGCUGAUUGCAUACUAAACUACUACGGGUCACAGUGUAGCACAUACUGUAAGCCUGUCAGUGGAAGCUACACCUGUGAUUCUAACGGAAGGAAGACCUGUGUUGGAAAGAAAGUGGGAUCCGAUUGUCAAGACUGCCAAUCUAACUACUAUCCAGAUGGUCAAUGCGACACAUUUUGUGACCCACAACCGGGAAUAUACACUUGUUCUUCUCUUGGACUAAGAGUACUAGAAGAUUGUGUUGCGGGCCAGUCUCUGGAUCAGUCAACUGGCUGUCAACCCUGUCCGGCAGAUGAAUGGAGUUUAGCAGCAAACGCAGCUUCUACCUGCACGGCAUGUCCAGCUGGCAAAGGGGUAGCCGCUGGAUCAGGAACAUCACAAAGUGCCUGCACAUGGAAAGAUUGUGUUGCGGGCCAGUCUCUGGAUCAGUCAACUGGCUGUCAACCCUGUCCGGCAGAUGAAUGGAGUUUAGCAGCAAACGCAGCUUCUACCUGCACGGCAUGUCCAGCUGGCAAAGGGGUAGCCGCUGGAUCAGGAACAUCACAAAGUGCCUGCACAUGGAAAGAUUGUGUUGCGGGCCAGUCUCUGGAUCAGUCAACUGGCUGUCAACCCUGUCCGGCAGAUGAAUGGAGUUUAGCAGCAAACGCAGCUUCUACCUGCACGGCAUGUCCAGCUGGCAAAGGGGCAGCCGCUGGAUCAGGAACAUCACAAAGUGCCUGCACAUGGAAAGAUUGUGUUGCGGGCCAGUCUCUGGAUCAGUCAACUGGCUGUCAACCCUGUCCGGCAGAUGAAUGGAGUUUAGCAGCAAACGCAGCUUCUACCUGCACGGCAUGUCCAGCUGGCAAAGGGGUAGCCGCUGGAUCAGGAACAUCACAAAGUGCCUGCACAUGGAAAGAUUGUGUUGCGGGCCAGUCUCUGGAUCAGUCAACUGGCUGUCAACCCUGUCCGGCAGAUGAAUGGAGUUUAGCAGCAAACGCAGCUUCUACCUGCACGGCAUGUCCAGCUGGCAAAGGGGUAGCCGCUGGAUCAGGAACAUCACAAAGUGCCUGCACAUGGAAAGAUUGUGCUGCGGGCCAGUCUCUGGAUCAGUCAACUGGCUGUCAAGCCUGUCCGGCAGAUGAAUGGAGUUUAGCAGCAAACGCAGCUUCUACCUGCACGGCAUGUCCAGCUGACAAAGAGGUAGCCUCUGGAUCAGGAACACAAGAAAGUGACUGCACAUGGAAAGAUUGUGUUGCGGGCCAGUAUCUGGAUCAGUCAAGUGGCUGUCAAGCCUGUCCGGCAGAUCAAUGGAGUUUAGCAGCAAACGCAGCUUCUACCUGCACGGCAUGUCCAGCUGACAAAGAGGUAGCCUCUGGAUCAGGAACACAAGAAAGUGCCUGCACAUGGAAAGAUUGUGUUGCGGGCCAGUAUCUGGAUCAGUCAAGUGGCUGUCAAGCCUGUCCGGCAGAUCAAUGGAGUUUAGCAGCAAACGCAGCUUCUACCUGCACGGCAUGUCCAGCUGACAAAGAGGUAGCCUCUGGAUCAGGAACACAAGAAAGUGACUGCACAUGGAAAGAUUGUGUUGCGGGCCAGUAUCUGGAUCAGUCAAGUGGCUGUCAAGCCUGUCCGGCAGAUCAAUGGAGUUUAGCAGCAAACGCAGCUUCUACCUGCACGGCAUGUCCAGCUGACAAAGAGGUAGCCUCUGGAUCAGGAACACAAGAAAGUGACUGCACAUGGAAAGAUUGUGUUGCGGGCCAGUAUCUGGAUCAGUCAAGUGGCUGUCAAGCCUGUCCGGCAGAUCAAUGGAGUUUAGCAGCAAACGCAGCUUCUACCUGCACGGCAUGUCCAGCUGACAAAGAGGUAGCCUCUGGAUCAGGAACACAAGAAAGUGACUGCACAUGGAGGUACGUAUGUCCGGAGGGACAAACAAAGUGUGGCGAUAUUGACGAAUGUGUUCCCAACAGUGGUCUGUGUAAUGGAGGUCCUGCGUGUUCAAAUGGCUUUGAUGAAUCAGCGGAGUUUUGCACAAGUUUUGAAUGCCCCGUUGAACAGCAAAAGUGUGCGGACGGAAUCCAGUGUUUUCCUUCAUCUGGAAAAUGUGAUAAAUUUAAAAUUCCUCACUGUAACGAUAAGUCCGAUGACGUGGGCUGCACUUGUAAAGAAAGCGAAAUGGUAUGUGCUGACGGAAAUGGAUGUGCCUCCUUACAGAGAAAGUGCGAUGGUAGCACGCAAUGUGCUGACGGAUCCGAUGAGAGCCGCGACAUUUGCUAUGUUUCGGGAUCGGGUGUAUGCGGGAUCGGCACGAAAAAGUGCGCCACUGGUAACCAGUGUAUCGCUAAAGGGACAAUGUGUGACGGUAGCAUCCAAUGUCUCGACGGGUCGGAUGAAGAUCCUGCCUUCUGUCCUGCCUACGAGUGUCCGGCAGCCAAAAAGAAGUGUGCGGACGGUAUACAAUGCGUUCCUAAGAAACUCUUCUGUAAUGGUAAAGCAGAGUGCACCGACGGGUCAGAUGAGUCCGAGGAAGAAUGCGCAGAGGAAAAAGGAGGAGGAAAAUCAGAUAUUGAGCGCCGAAAAGGAAAAGGGAAACAAACAAUUGAAAAGGGUGAAAGAGUUAAAGAAGUGACGGAUCAAGAAAGCCGAAGGGGGCCACCAGAGCCAGAAGACCCAGAGCCAGUAGUUCCAGUAGAUCCAGAGCCAGUUGUCCCAGUAGACCCAGAGCCAGUUGUCCCAGUAGACCCAGAGCCAGUUGUCCCAGUAGACCCAGUCCCAGUAGUCUCAGUUGAUCCAGAGCCAGUAGUUCCAGUUGAUCCAGAGCCAGUAGUCCCAGUAGACCCAGAGCCAGUAGUCCCAGAAGAUCCAGAGCCAGUAGUUCCAGUUGAUCCAGAGCCAGUAGUUCCAGUAGACCCGGAGCCAGUUGUUCCAGUAGACCCGGAGCCAGUUGUCCCAGAAGAUCCAGAGCCAGUAUUUCCUGUAGAUCCAGAGCCAGUAGUCCCAGAAGACCCAGAGCCAGUAGUUCCAGUAGAUCUAGAGCCAGUAGUCCCAGUAGACCCAGAGCCAGUAGUCCCAGUAGAUCCAGAGCCAGUAGUCCCAGUAGACCCAGAGCCAGUAGUCCCAGAAGACCCAGAGCCAGUAGUCCCAGAAGACCCAGAGCCAGUAGUCCCAGUAGACCCGGAGCCAGUAGUUCCAGUAGACCCGGAGCCAGUUGUCCCAAUGGACCCAGAGCCAGUUGUCCCAGUAGACCCGGAGCCAGUUGUCCCAGUAGACCCGGAGCCAGUUGUCCCAGUAGACCCAGAGCCAGUAGUCCCUGAAGACCCGGAGCCAGUAGUUCCAGUAGACCCGGAGCCAGUUGUCCCAGUAGACCCAGAGCCAGUAGUCCCAGUAGAUCCAGAGCCAGUAGUCCCAGUAGACCCAGAGCCAGUAGUCCCAGAAGACCCAGAGCCAGUUGUCCCAGUAGACCCAGAGCCAGUAGUCCCAGUAGUCCUAGUAGACCCAGUUCCAGUAGUCCCGGAUGGUAAGAAGACCUGCGACUGCUGGACUCCAGAAUGUGGUUUCUGUUCAAACCCAGAAUGCUCUGUCAAGCUGACUGGUGGGCUCGCCAGCUCUAAAGGUAUUGGAGUACGCUCCUUUCUCCACAAUAGAAAAGUCAAGACCAUCGUCAUGUAUAAUAGUGAUGGAGAUUCAAUCGGACAGUUCGAGUGGAGUUUGAAAAGGAUCUCCAUGUCCGGCUGUUUCCGCUGUCAGACACCUGAAGGAAUACGGGACAAGGUUAAGGGACUUCCUGUGGGAACUGUUGGCUGGAGCUUUGCCAUCAACGAUGGGGUUGUUGAGCUUAGUGUUGAGGGUGAGAUCUUGUUCACCUCGAAGCUGACAAGACAAUGUGCGGAGGUAUACGGAGACGUGAAAAGCUUCUCUUUUACCGGAAUGAGCUGCAAGGGCUCGUUUGCCUACGCUUCUGAGGAAAUGAAACUUGCAACUAUCUGUGGUGGAGCUGAUAAAUGCCCCGUCAACGCAUAAUUAGCAUCAUGAUUCAUAAUUAGUACAGUUAAUGCUAAUCAACGUGUUUUCAAUGGACAAAUGAACAGUGAACUGGUUUAAGCUUAAAAUGUAUCGUGCAUGAACCCAGCAAACCCCACAAUUUCAAAAUCAUGGAGACUAUGUCUAGAAGAGUUGAAAUAAAUGUCUAUAUUUUUGGAAAAAAUGUUUAAAUUAUUUUAUAAAUAACAUCAACUGUGUCAUCAUUUUAAUUUAACUAAAUUAUAUGUACCUUAUCGGAUCUUAUUUGAACGGAUUAAUGUCCCUAAAAGUCAAAGUCCGUUGAAAUUUGUUUCCCAAAAUUAUUGCACUACGAACUUAUUGUCGAGGAUAUGUCUACUUUUUAAUCUCAGUAAAUUUUAAUUUCUAUCGUCAGACUAAAUUAUAUCAUUAAUCACAAUUAUUAAUGCUUA